UGGGUCAGGAGACAGACCUGUCUCUAGACCGGCUACCGAGCCACUCUCCUCGCCAGUACUUCUUCGCCUGGCUGCUGAAGAGGCGGAUGUCUCCCCCCGUUCCUGACCGCCCUCUGUUAGCUCUUCCUCACUGUACAGUGGGGCUGAGCCCACAGCAUGCGAUACUUCGCUUGGUGAGGGAACACCAAAGGACAGGGGCAGGUAGAGGACACGUGAUUUCAGUGGGCUUGCUCCCGGGCCAUGCCAACUAACGGUUGUGUCUGACGUACCCACCGACCGUUGGCUGUAGGUGUCAGAGGUGACCUGGGAAGAGGAAGACGACCGAGCCAACCAAUCGAUGACGGCAGGGUUGUCGGUGGAGACACGACCGCUGGAUGACACCGGGAGCACUGGCCUCUGGCUGCGACUAGUGCUGCCUCGACCCCUUCCUCUGCUGCCACGUCUGCUCGCUCCUAAAACAUUGCCUCCUCUGCCACUCCUCUGCAUUCUGUGUGUCCCAGUAACAAUUCUGUGUCCCUCAGUAACAAUUCUGUGUCUGUCCCUGAGUAGUAACAAUUCUGUGUCCUCAGUAACAAUUCUGUGUCUGUCCCUGAGUAACAAUUCUGUGUCCCUGAGUAACAAAUUCUGUGUCAGUAACAAUUCUGUGUCCCUCAGUAACAAUUCUGUGUCCUGCUGUACCCCUGAGUAACAAUUCUGAGUCCCUCAGUAA